AUGUCACGGCAGUUUGGCCCUCGUAGUGUAAGAUCCUUUCAACACCUCCAUAAUCGUUCGGCAUUGUUGGGAGAGAGGCAGUUCUCGACACCAUCCCCGCAUCUGGAUUCUCGAUCGUCAUCUCCUGCUGGUAGCGACUCGCUCAAACAACAAAAGCUCAAUGACCAUGACCUUGAAUAUCUGGAGAGCCAAAGUGAUGAACGAAUAACUGGAUUAUCAGCCAAAGUGCAAGUCUUGAAGAGUAUUACUGGUAAAAUAGGCGAUGAGAUCCGAUCUGGCAACAGCUUGUUAGAUAGCAUGAAUACCCAAUUUGCGGAUACUGGAACGAUCCUUGGUCGAACGAUGCACAACUUUAAGAUCAUGGCUGAAAAAGAGAGUGGAGCAACCAUGUGCUAUUUGAUCUUUUUUAUUGUAUUGAUGGUUAUUAUAGCUUAUUACUGGUUCUUCAAAUAG